AUGGAGAAGCUUGGAGAAGGCGGAGGCGGAGCCAAUCGUCGACUGGUCCAAGGUCAUGUCGGCCCCGGACGAGAAUUGAUGCAUUCGCGAGGGAGCCUUGCCCCGAGCUAUGGCCGGGUUCCUCGCGAUGGCCUUGAGCGUGAGCCGUGGGUCCUUGUACUUCCAACUAGGAAAGUGGCGCUCUCUGGACACCUGAGGCUGAUACCGACGUCGGGGUACUGCGAGCGCGUGUGGUCGCGGUUCCACCUCGAACGGUUCAUUCGCGGAUCGCGGUACUCACGCCAUGUGCACGGUGGGAUUCUGCAUUCCGGAUCGGGAGGGAUCGUGGGCUAUCGUGGGGCUGCGGGAGCGGGCGGCAGCGUGCGGGCAGCGGCGUUAAUUCGGCCACGCCUGGCGACGGCCCGGCCACGGAGCGAGAGCAGACUACGGCGCGUGUCCGCCAACUUGCCAACGCGCUCCUCCUCCUCCUCCUCCUCCUCCCCUCACCACCUCGGUCAUCGUCCGGGCGACGUCGCAACCGCCCCGUCGCUCGACACACACGUCCCGCUCGACCCAGACAGCGCUGGGACCAUUCUGCUCACCUUCCGCAGCCAUCCCCGUCCGCCAUCGGAUCCUCGGUCGAUUGGGACGCUGACGACGAAGCCGUGGGCAUGA